GGAAAAGUCUUGUUGCCGACUGUAUAGCUGUCUGUGUUUGUGUCCGACGAGGGAGAGAGAAUAAGAAUUUAAAGCUAAUUCUCUAUCAACACAGCAAAACCCUAGUAGAUCUUAUCUUCCUCGUUGUCCUCUCCUGUUUCACUUACUAUCUCUGAAAUUUUCUCCAUAGACAAGGUCGUCUUCGACUCACUACCACUAUGCCUUCCCGAAGAAGAACGCUUUUGAAGGUCAUAAUCCUCGGAGACAGCGGGGUGGGAAAGACUUCAUUGAUGAAUCAAUAUGUAAACAAGAAGUUCAGCAACCAAUACAAGGCGACUAUAGGGGCUGAUUUCUUGUCGAAGGAAAUGCAGUUUGAAGAUAGGCUCUUCACCCUACAGAUCUGGGAUACAGCUGGCCAGGAAAGAUUUCAGAGCCUUGGUGUAGCUUUCUACCGUGGUGCUGAUUGCUGUGUCUUUGUUUAUGAUGUCAACGUGAUGAAGUCCUUUGACGAUCUAGACAACUGGAGGGAAGAGUUCCUCAUUCAGGCAAGCCCAUCGGAUCCAGAAAAUUUCCCAUUUGUUGUUCUAGGAAACAAGGUUGAUGUGGAUGGUGGAAAUAGUAGAGUGGUGUCUGAGAAAAAGGCUCGGGCUUGGUGUGCAUUGAAAGGAAAUAUUCCAUACUUCGAGACCUCUGCCAAGGAGGGUACCAAUGUUGAAGAUGCUUUCCAAUGCAUAGCAAAGAAUGCCCUGAAGAGUGGCGAAGAGGAAGAAAUAUACUUGCUGGACACCAUUGAUGUUGCAAACAACAGUCGGCAGGGGUCCACCAGCUGCGAGUGCUAACCCGAGUUUCUGAUUUCAGAGUUAUGACAGAAAUUGCUGUAAUCACUAGAAAAGAUUUGAAUGUCAUUAGUUUCUUUUACUUGUACAUUAGCCUUUGCAUGAGGAGCAGAUUGGUCUCAAAUUUCUAGUUGAACUUGGUUGUAUGAUGCCUUCUGUUAUAAGUAGUCUUGUUGAUGAAUAUACCACUGAUAUCAUAAACUACUCCGUGAGGCAAAAAUGCUUCGAUAUCAUGGAGAAAAAGCAGUUGCCAAUGUGCAUCUAGAGCCGAUAAUCAAGUUGAG